ACAACGAAGGUGUUUCAAUCUCGUUGGAUUUUUGUGUGUGAAAUUGUCAAUCUAUUUGUGCUAAAUCUAUAUACAUACAUAUGUAUAUAGUAUAACUAUAAAAAGAUAAGCAUAUAAUUGAAUAAUUAUAAAAAUGUUACGCUUGUUAAUAUUGGCUUCGGCCUGUGUAUUGGCUUUAUGUCAAACACCACAAUUGAAUAUAUGGCGAAAAGAUAUAAGAACUCCAGAAGCUAUGGCAAUUAUUGAGAGGUUACACCAGCAGCAGCGACAAGAACAAUUGCAGUAUCAGCAGGAGCAACAAGAAUUGCAAUAUAAGCAAGAACCACAGCUGCAACAGCCGCAACAGCAACAACAAACACAAUUGCAACAGCAGCAACAGCAACAGCAACAUCAGCAGCAACAAGUUGAUCAAUAUACUCCUCAAGCCUCAAGACCUGCUGCUGCUGCUCCUUCUGCACCUGCUGCUCCAGUGGCUGUUGGUUAUGGAGAUGCCUAUAUUGAUCUGGCCGCUUCGAAUACCAUUGCCAAGAAUAUUCUCCAUUUUGCUCAAGCUCUUGGCAAUCAACUGGCAACGCAGUAUAGCAAAACCAGAGUGUUUUCACCCCUCAGUAUGGUCUCAGCCUUGGCAUUGCUUAUGUUGGGUUCUAAAGGUCACAGUUAUCGGGAAUUGGCCUCGGUUUUCGGUUUAAACGAUGCCAUUACUUUGCAUGAACAAUUCGGUCUUAUGCUACGCGAUGUCCAGCAACCCACAAAAGAGGCAAUGUUACCACAACGUCAAAUUGAAAUGGAUCCUUGGCGUCAGCCAUCGAAUAAUGUCAAUCAGCGACCCAACAAACGUUAUCAACGUGCCGGCCCGCAUGAGGUGUAUCUGGCCAAUGGUUUAUUCACACAACUGGGCUAUACACUCAAUGCCGAUUACAGACAAGUAGUCACUGGAAUCUAUGGCUCGGAGUUAAAACCACAGGACUUUGAGGGAAGUCCAGCAAGUUCUCGCCACAAUAUUAACUACUGGGUGGAGAAUAAAACCAAUCGCAAAAUCAUUGAUGUUAUCGCAGCAGACAUACCACCAAGUACCCGCAUGAUUUUGGCCAAUGCUCUGUAUUUUAAGGCCUUUUGGGAAACGGAAUUCAUUCCAUCGGCCACCAAGCCAGAUAAUUUUUAUCCCAAUGGCGAGGGCUCUCAAGAUUUUUUGAGAGUCCCCAUGAUGGCCACUGGUGGCAAUUUCCCCUAUCACGAAGAUCCCGAAUUGGGUUGCAAAAUCAUUGGUUUACCCUUCCGAGGAAAUUUGAGUACCAUGUACAUCAUUCAACCGUUGCAGUCAUCUAUAGUGCAAUUGAAGUACCUGCAACAAAAAUUGACAGCUGAUCAAAUUGAGGGUUUGAUUAGUAAAAUGUAUAGACGAUCAACUUUACUGGCUUUGCCCAAGUUCCAUAUAGUCGAGUCCGUCAACAUGAAGAGUGUCUUACAAAGAAUCGGUUUGGGCAGUAUGUUUGGCAUUAGCCAAAAUGAUUUUUCAUUGAUUGCGGAGAAUCCGUCAACAGCAGCACCCAACUCGGGAAGAUCGUCAACAUCGUCGGCACGUCCUCGCCAGAAUUUGAGCAAUGCCAGCGAUAGUUUACGUAAUCUGGAGGACCAGCGUAGGGCAGCGGCAGCUCCCACAAGUGGACCAAAGUCCGAUCUAUAUGUGGAUGAGAUUAUCCAUAAGGUUGACAUCACCGUCAACGAACAGGGCACUGAGGCGGCAGCAGCUACAAUCGCGUAUUUGAAAAAAUCUGGACCAGAUAUUCUCUUCCGUGUCGAUACUCCAUUUAUGUUCCUGAUUCGCCAUGAUCCAACAAAAUUGGUUCUGUUCUAUGGUUUAAUUAACGAACCACCAACGGUUGCUUAAAGAGUUUCUAGUUUUAAGAAAUUAGUUCAUUAGGCUCGUUGACUUUUUAGUUUACCAUAAUAAGAAAACAAAAUAAAACUUAUAAAAUACCAUUAAAAUAUAAA